UACGGGGGUAGCCUGCGCAGGGGUGGUUUCUGCCGCACGACAAAGCGUCGGAGUCGCGCUCCACGCAACGCAACGCAACGAAUCGAAGCGAGGCGAAGCCAAACGAAACGCGGCAGCACCGUCAUCGCUGAGUCCGCACCCUGUGCGCUCCCGGAGUCGCGGGUGUUGACAUAUCGGUAGUUUCUUCUCCAAGGGUAUAUUUCGGUGGUGCGACGUCGGCCGAGCUAGGCAAAGGAAAAGAACGGCAAAAGGGCGGCGUAACUGAGGGUGCGGGGCGUAUCGCGCAGUGACUGUUAUGUCUCAGUUCCCGGCUGUGGUGGUGCCCGAGGAUAGUCCGCGCUGAGGAGCCGAUGACGAAGUCGCGCGGUCCGCCACCAAAACCGGCCACGACACCAGGACUAAGGAAACUGAUAUAUCGCGCGAAACGCAGGCGACGACGUCGGAGACCGUCCCCCGCCUGAUCCUGGCAAAAUAAAGAUGCCGCGGUGUCUCAUGGCGAAAAAGUGGAAGGCCUACCCGUGGCCGGACCGUGUGGAGGACUUCGACGUCGCCCUCGAGAACGAACAGCGAAACCAUCACGGGGAAUCGGAGGAGCGAUGCCAGCUGCUCCUCGACGAAGACGAGGACGAGGAUCGGCGCGAUCGCUCGUACGAUCACCGCCGUCAGCACCAGCGCGAAGAGCCGGACCCCGAGGAGGGCGGACGUAGGGAGAGAGUGGCGAUGAUCGUCGCGCGUUCCGCCGAACCGGAGGACGAGGAGAUCGACGUGGUCGGUGACGCCGACGGGCGUACGCCACCGCAAACUUGCUGGGGUCCCCACAGCCCUACCGCCGGUGCCACCGCACCGAGUCCUCCACCCUUGAACGCUUCCGGUGCUCUCUACUAUCACGGUUACACCCCCGAGACAUGGAUCAGCCACGAGGAACCCCCGAAGUACGCGACCCUUCGUUCGGCGGCGGAAUUGGCGAUCGAACCGUCUACGGGACGUUCGAGUUCGCCCUCGCGGGCCUCGAGUCCCCCUCGCAGCCUCCACCGGGGCCCUUCGCCCCCGCCGGCGGUCGUACCACCCUCGCAUCAGCUGCCCCGGAAGAGCCUCGCGAUGUGCUUCACCAGCACGGGCGACGCCCUCUCGCUGCCCCCGAAGAAGAAGGACAUCUACAGACCGUACAGUCUGCAACCGGCGACCGAAAUCCGCACCCCCGCGGAGGAAGACCUCUCGGCGGCCCAGGCUAUACUGGACCUGAGCGCCUCGCCCGCGGCGCCGACGCACUCCGUCUUCAUCCACACCCUGUCGACGCCUCUGACGACGUCCCCCGCGGCGAACCUCGCCGUCGAGGCGACACCCUCCACGCAUCCCUCGAACCCCACGGUGAUCCACGCCACGUCCGCCUCGCCGGGCUCACCUUCGUCCCCCGAUCCGCUCCUUCUUCCCGCCGCCGCGUCGAUUCUAGUGCCUGCGAUCUCGCCGAACCACUCUCAGCGACACGAGACCCUCCCCGGGGAGGACGUCGGCUGCCACCAGGACCCCCAGUCGCCGGCGACCGCGGAAAACGGGAGCAACAAAACGGUCGCCUACACCUACGAGGCCUUCUUCGUGUCCGACGGCCGUUCGAAGAAACGCGCGGUGAACGCGGCGGUCCCGGAGAAGGAGGCGGCGCAGCCGGCGGACCGUCCGAAAUACACCUGCACCGAGUGCGGCAAGCAGUACGCUACCUCCUCGAAUCUGUCGAGGCACAAGCAGACCCACCGCAGCCUGGACUCGCAGUCCGCGAAGAAGUGCAUCCACUGCGGCAAGGCGUACGUCAGCAUGCCCGCCCUCGCGAUGCACGUGCUCACGCACAAGCUCGCUCACAGCUGCGGCAUCUGCGGCAAGAUGUUCUCGAGGCCGUGGCUGCUGCAGGGCCACCUCCGCAGUCACACCGGCGAGAAGCCCUACGGGUGCGCCCACUGCGGCAAGGCCUUCGCCGACCGUUCGAAUCUGAGGGCUCACAUGCAGACCCACUCCGCCGACAAGAACUACGAGUGCUCGAGGUGCCGCAAGACCUUCGCCCUCAAGUCCUACCUCAACAAGCACCUGGAGUCCGCCUGCCUGAGGGACGACGACGCGGGGCCAGCGGCGACCACCUCGGGGACACCCGGGAACAGGUUGUAGCAGCGUACAACCCCUGCGACAGAGAUAAAUUCGGCGGACGUUGCGGUCGGCGUAGGCGGAAGCGUCGACGGUCGCGGCGUCGCGACGUCCGACCGCUCGCGUUGCUCAGCCGCAGGUGCCAAGCCCGAGAGCGGCGGUGCGGAGGACGAACCGGUCAUUCGGAUCUUGCGCGCUGUCGUUCGCGUUUGCCGAUGAGAUUUGGCGGCUGUCCGGUAAAAGGCGAGCAGCGAUCGGUAGGUAGUAGACGAGAUGAGCCGAAUACUCGUAGGUAUGACGAAGCGGCUGCGUCGGUUUUAUAAAUAUCGCCUAAUCGUUAUAAGUAGAGAAAAGUGCCGGUAGAAAAUUAAAAGAGUGGAGAAUCGUCGUCACCGUGUAUCCGGAUAUCCAAAUAUAACAAUUGAUACCGUUACACUUAUGUAAUAACAAAACGUCCAGUAAGUUUUAAGGGGUAGGUAAUAUCGCGCGGAUAACGAUGACCGGUGACGUCCGCACCGCGGCAUCGCGCGAGUACGCAUACCUGCUACGAUGUGAAUUCGAUGAUCUAGUCAUACUCUAGUCGAUUAUUAAUUUAACGUUAUCGACGCGGCGUACAAAUAAUUGAUUACGCGUACACCGAUAGCGCGGAUUAUAAUUAUACCGUAUAUGCACGCGCGCGCUCUCGAUACCGCGAACGUCCCUUUCGAGCGACCGCUGCGAGUGGCCCAGGUGCUACGGACAGGUCGCUCGGACGGGACACUCGCGGCUUAUGCACUCGCUAAAAUAAUAACGAUAACGAAACCUGUUGUACUAAUAAUGGCAAAGGAACAACGACAACGACAUCGCAACGGUAGUGACGUAGUCGAGCUAUGACAACAAUAAUAACGAUAGAAUAAUUGCAAUUCAACGAUAACGAUAAGCGCGUAGUGAUAAACGAGUACAGAGCGGUACCGGUAGUUGCGGUAACGCUGGUAGCGGUAGCAGCAGCAAUAAUUAUACGAUAACGGUAGUGUUGGCGGUGGUAAUAAAGUCGUAAAAAAUAAAGAUAAAAAUUUUAAUAAUUAAUAUUAAUGAUGAUAACGAUGAGGACGACGACGUCGACGACGACGACGACGACGACGACGACGACGACGACGACGACGACCUGCGUAAUAAUAACGGUAAUACCGAUACCGAUAAUACUAAUGUUAACGAUAACGAUAUUAAUUACUAUUAAAAUAGCAACGAUAACGGAUGCGCUUGUAUUCUAGGCGUUAGACGGUUGUACGAAAAAGCGGCGAGAUGUGAACAAACUGGGCAAAACGGUCGACCCCAGAGUCGAACGGAUGCGGGUCGAGGGCGAAUCGCAGCAAAGAAAUAAAAUAAGGAAAACGUUAAUAAAAAGUAAUAAUGAUAUAACGACGCGACGUCAUACUCUUAAACGUAAGUCACGGUCGCAAAGCAAUGUUUCGAAACAACGAAUUAUAGUUACGUGUGUAGAAAAAAAAAGUAUGUCGUCUGUGUGUGUGCACGCGCGCGCGUUGCGUGUGUAGAUGACGGCGGGAUGCCGGGGCGAGGAAGAGGAGCGAUUCGAACGGUCACCCGGACGCGUUGACCAAGGGAAGAGGUGCGACCUGCGAGAUUAAGCUCAAAAAUCGACGAUAAACAAGGCCGCGUUGCGAUUCCCUCCCGACGUGCCGCUCCCCGGGGGGUGCCCCUCCGGUAUACGGUACGCCGGUCGCGGUCCUCGUUGUUGUCGUUGGUACGUCGACGUUGUUGUUGCUGUUGUCUUUGUCGUCGUUGUUGUUGUUUUCGUCGUUGUUUGUUUCCGUUGCGCCGAUACGACGAUCCGAUACAACGACAUCAUUCGAGUACACGUAGGUAUAGAUAGACGACGAUGUGUUCGGUACGAUCCGAUCGGCGUUCAAAGUUUUUCCCCCGGUCGCGUGCCGCGAGGCGGGUUCACCUCCCCGUUCGGGGGGUGAGAAAUCGGUUCGCCCGACGUUCGCGGCUCCACUCGUCGAAUCAACGAAUGCGUACAACGAAAUAUGGUAUCAGCGACGAAACCGCGACGAAACCGCGACUCGACACCGGACGAUCCGACGAUAUUUAGGACGGAGCGUACGAGGCUGCGGAUCGUGUGCUCGCGGAAGGAAGAUCGACGUCGACGCACCCGUUGCAGUCGUGUACGCGUGCGUGUGUUAUGCGAAUGGGGAUGCGAACGUGUACGUGGAUGAUAUGUGCGCACACACGUCCGAGAAUGUACGGUAGAUAUAGGUAGACGACGGUCGUUAGGACGCGUAACGUUAGUUGUGUAAGUAUAAAGAGAGGUGUGCAUGUUUAGGCGCGAGGUAUAGGUACGCGCUCGUGUUGUAACGCGCGUAGAUAGGCGUGUACAUUUGUAAAACAUGUAUGCGUGCGUCGCAAUGUGUACAUAGUAUAUACGAUAUGCGCGUGUGACGAGCGACAAAUUGACCGGCGAGAAAUGGGUCUCCCGCGGACCAAUAUUCGAGGGAUAUCGGUGCGGCGCGUACCCCGACGGUCGCUCCUCCGACGCGGAGGUCCGACGACGGCGACGAUUUUACAACGGAAGCGCGGCCGCGGCCCGGCGAAAUUUUACGGACACGCGACGGAACGACGUGUGCGUAGGCGUAGGUAUACACGAUAUAGAAAUUGCUCAAGUCCAAGUCCAAAGAAUCGUGCGGAGUGCGGACGGGGGCGAGGUGGGGGAUUCGAAGGAAGCCGAUCGCGAUCGCUUCGACUCCACCCGAGACCCGGCGGCCGCACGUUCGACGAUAUUGUCGUUACGAUUAGUCGUCGUAGACGUUAUUGCGUAGCGAUUACCGAUCCUCGGCGAAAUGCUCGCGCGUCGCCGCGUACACCGCCUUGCGCCGACGGUCGAGCGUUUAGCUAUUAGCGAUUAGCGAAAGUGAUUUACCGCAUUGCGCCGCAGUGCGGGCGAUAUUAUAGCUGCGAUAUUGUCCAAUAAUAUGUACCGUAGUAGUAGCGUUGUAUUUAUAGUUUUCUGCGAAAGUGCCUAGAGUGAUUUUUGUGAUUCUUUGUCGCGAGUCAAGCCUGCAGUUACGACGACGACAGGGGGUGGAUUUCGGCGUCAGGGGCGCGCGCGGGUGUCCCGCGCCCAACCGCGACGAGCCACCCGCGCGCGUUUCCACGAUCGCCCGCGAUCCAUACCGGCUGACUUGGCAAUACCUACGAUACCCGUAUCACUUGUCGUUGCAACGUCGAUACCCAGUCAAUUAUAACUCGAUCGGGGAACGUCAACGUCGAAACGAUCGCGAGCCGGGCGAGGAGGAGGAAGGAGACGCAAGGGUGCGUAAGAGGGAGGGAGGGUGGGAGGGAGGGACGUCGGCCGUCGAUUGCCAUCGAAGGAGACGGCGCGUACGCACCCCCGCACGACUGAUAUUUAGAGGAUAUUGUUCCGACCGGACGUCCCACGUAAGCCGGGGUAUUCAGAAGCAAUAACGACGUAGGCGAGGGCGGGCGUCGCUUCGUGCCGCGCCUCGUUGCGCCGCGUCGGGACGUUCGUUACUCGAGAGAAAAAAAUAAAAAAUUAAUCGUUUAAUUGAUUAAGUAACGAACAAAUGAACGAAUAAAUAUAGUACUAAAGAAACCAAUUAACCCAUUAAGCAAUCGAUCGAUUUAUUAUAAGUAUAAUAGGAAUAUGUUGAUAGAUGAAUUACCGACGAGUAUAACUGUGCAAGUACGAUAGAUCGGUAGACGAGUAGGGGGAUAGGGGGAUAGGGGGACGGGGGGACGGGGGGAUGGGGGGUUGUGAAUCGCGAGCGAAGGACGAAUGCGAACGGCGUACCGGUGCACGGCUCACGACGUGACGCAGGGGUACGUGCGCCGCGGAUGAAUCUGUGUAACUUGUGAGACCGAUCUCCGUACCGGGUCGGUCGAUCGCGACGAUUCGAUCGUUCGAUUGCAGCGCGACGCGUAGGUAUCCGUAUUUUAUAGCUUUUACUAAAAAGUGCCGUACGCGCAGAUAUACAUAUAGAGUUGACUAUAUUUAUAGAGAUAUGUUGGAAGAUAUUAUAUACUAUAAGGGAUAAAGUUGAAAAGAAAACCGCAAAAUGAUAAAAAAAAAAAACAAAAAAAAAAAAAAACAUACAUAUAUAUAUAUAUAUAUAAAGGAAAAUGAUAAAAAAAAAAAAAAUGGAAAAAAAUGGAAAAAAAUACAAUUAACCGACAUGGCUACGGUGUACACGCGGGUACGUUGCGUGUAACGGUGGCGAGAACGAGGAGACGCGAAAUCAGCGAACGAAAGGACGUACAAUAAGGUGACAACGAUAACGACGGAAGGAUUAAAAAUCAACCGACGUUAACGACGCACUCGCGCGAGUAGCGAAAAGGUGAUACAACAACGACAUCAACGGCACCGCGAUAACAAUAAUUAAUUGACUAAUUAAACGAUAUACCUAAAUAAUAAUAUCAUUAAUAACGAUCAUGAUAAUAGUGAUGCUAAUAAUAACUAAUUACGAGAAUGAUAAUAUAAUAUACUAUAGCGAUCGGUAGAAGCAAUACGUUUGUUCGCAUUACGUACCGCGUACACGAUAACGUCGUAUCAUCGAUACCUCGUACACCCGCGAACGCACGGGUGCAGUUGCGGGGGGGGGGGGUAGGCGAUUCAGCGAAGAUCGCCAGAGAUGCGCCUUCGUCGUUGCGGGACGAACGAAAAAAUAAUAAUCCUUAUUAUACCGUGCAUGACUACGUUAGGGCCACUCGAGCAAUACAAAGAGCAAUAUUAUACGUAGAGUUAUUAAAAAAAUAUCCGAUAAUGUUUGGCGGGGGGGGGUGGGGUCGGGGGUGGAAGUCAUCGGGGCAGCCGGUCGAACGCGGCGACCGUGACGUACGACCUGAGCGCAGGGCCGUCGUCGCUACGAACCUCGACGAAACGUCGAGCUCGUUCGAAACGUCGACGGAUCUGCGUACGGGUGGCAUCGUGCGUCGGCGGUACUCGCGUCCGGCGUGCCUCCGACGACGACGAGCAGCGGCGUCGCUCUCCACCCGCGAUGUACGCGAUUUAGGUAGACCCUUGGUAGACCCAAUGUCCUAUGAUAUGAUUACGAUAUUAGAUAUACUUGUUACAUUGUGAAUUAUUAUACUUAUAUUGUAACGAUAACUAAUUCAUGUAGAGCGCUAACGUAUAUUUCGCCCGGUACCCGAGGGUCCCCGUCGCACGUCGUUAAACCGACGUCCACGCGCUCCCUCGCCCUCCCUCGCCCUCCGCUCUCCUCUCCUCUCCCCUGUUCCCUUCGCACCCCCGGCGUAACGCUGCGGGGACACUUCUUCUCUUCCUCUCCACGCUCCGUGUCGUCCUGCAUCCCGAAGCCGCGCCACCGUUGUCCCGUUGUCCCGACGGCCUCUGCCUGCGCGUCAACGACGAUCGAGGGGACGGGGAAACGGGGCGCGGGAGUGCGGGAGUGCGGGGCGGACCCUCGGAAGCCGGGUGUAACCGACGUAGUUAAAAUUAAGUUAGCGGGGUGAGAAACGAUAGUGACGCUAGACGAUUAAAAUUAAGCCUUUAUUCGGUUCUUCUAAGGGGGACUAUUAUUGUAUCGAAUAUUUACAUACGUUUGUAUUAUUUGUAAACUAGCGCUAAUACAAAACUCCAUUACAUACACGCUAUAACAGUCUUGCUGACGCUACGUGCGAUUACUACUAUACUAUUAACGUAUUUAAGGACUCGAUCGCCGACGAUAACGAAUACAUGAUAAAUAUACAAAUGGACUAUGGACCGCGUUGCAAUAACGGGCGUCGUUUGUUCAACGACUGUAAAAGCCGACUCGAGUUGUUCUCCGUCAUUUCGCCACGGGUAUCAAUGCCGGGACGCGAGUAUGGCGAGUAAAAUAAUUAUACCUGCGUCUUUGCGAGUUGGGCCUUUUUCUCCAAAGACCGCAUACCUGAUCUCCACGCGCUUUUCGCAGUGUUACGCCGGAUGCUGGCGAUGCUGAUAAACGAACGAACGGAAAUUCCGAGGGAACGAAAGAGCGACGAGUGCAGGGCUGGAGGUGGAAUGAGAGAAAGAGAUGACGAGUAAAGUGGAAGGAAAACAAACGUUGAUCAAGCAUUGUUAUCUAUGUCAUACAACAUAGGAUGUUUUGUAUUAUAUUUUCAUAAUAAAUAGACACGUAGAGAAA